AUGUCUACCUUUCGUGUGGUGCAGCUCACACAAGAGGCGCUGAAGGUUCAAUGCAAGCUGGACGAUUACGAAGAGUGGGGCGCGCCAAUGCUGGACAUGGAGCAAUAUCAACGCAAAGAGGCAGUGCAACGCUCGUCGACAUUUUCGCAGCGCGGGUCCAUCUUUUGGGCAUUGGUGGAUAGUCAGAAUGUCAGAGAUGACGCGGAUCUGGUAGCGGGUCAGACAGUACUGUAUUGUCACUGUGAAAGUCACCGAUUCAAUUGCGCUGUGAGACAUGUUUCUGGGGAAAUUGAACAGGGUUACUCGCAUCAUAUCGGAUCAGUGUUCACGCUGCCAGAGCACCGCAAACAAGGGCUUGCUACAAUUUUUAUGAAGAAAGUGGCGGAGCAGUUGAAACAACUUUCAGGGGCGGUCGUUUCAGUGCUGUACUCGGAUAUCGGUCCGACAUUUUAUAGCAGGCUUGGGUGGAAGUUGCAUCCGUCCAAGAUGGCCGCAAUAGAUGUCGCAAACUCGUUCACUACCGACGUAAACGGCAGCAGCGAUACAGGAAUGGUGUCACUGUAUCUAGAUGCGAACCUCGACAAGUUGCUACGUAGUGACAACAGGAGGCUGCUCCAACUGCUGAAAGAUGAGAAAUAUCGAGGGCGGGACACUUUUGUAGUGCUACCGACUCGCGAUUCGACUGAGUGGCAAUUCUGCAUCGGCCAGCAUUACGCUCGAGUCCGUGGGUACAUGGAGCUUCCGUCUCGCUGUGGCGUGAAAAUCAACGAAGAUAUCUUUAUCCUUUGGUGCCAUAACGUGAAGGAGUCAACGUUGUACAUUCUUCGUGCCCGGUUUCCGGAGGCGCCCACUGAUGCUGCUAUAAGUGUACAAUUGCUGCUGGACGAAGCUUUGGAGGAAGCACGCAAAUUCAGUCUGACUACUGUGACCUCGCUAUCAAGCGCUAUGUUGUUCUGUCACCGGAACGCAGCAGAUUCUUCGGAGCCUCUUCCAUACUGGCUGUGCAAUGAAAAAUACUCAUGGGUCUAG